AACAAACAAACAGAAUAUAAGUACAAAGAAGCAUAUACAACAUUAAUGGAGGCCAAGGCAAUGAUCAACUUCACAUCCUCAUUCCCCCACUUCCAUUGUUGAAAAAUGCAGCAGAGAGCUAUCCGUACAACAACCGACGAUCCUUGCACCAUAAUGAACUCCACUCUAUCACAAGAUCAGCCUCAAGGAAUUAGAUUAUCAAUGGACGAUUUCACUGCCGCUGGUGAUCUUCUUCCAGUUUCCGAUCCUCGUUUCUGGAUAAGGAAGCGAGAUCGCAAUUCACGCUACAGAUUCCGCGUGCAUUGGAUUCAUUUGAUUCCUUUGAUUCUGCUCCUCAUCCUCUUUAUUCUCUGGUGGUCAUCUUAUCCAGCGAUCAAGGAUGGAGGAAUUAGGGCAGUUGAUGAGAAGGAUCGGUUUCCGGAGGUGCCGAAGUACGUUGAUCAUACCGAACUUGCCGUUCUUGGAGAUGCUGGAAUGGAUAUUGCUUCGAGUCCUUUGAAUCUAACCAGCGUUGGCGAUCGAGAUUCACGAAUAAUACCAAGUAAAAUCGAUUGAGAAUUGUUUUUUUUUUUUCUUUUUUUCUUUUUUUGUCUCGUUUAGAAAUCUGAGAUUAGUUUCACUGAAAAUCAAGUAGUUGAUGGAGAGGAGAGAUUGGGAAUUUACAGAACUGUCCCCAUACAAUGCAUUGGCAUUCAAUCAGAUUUACUCAUAGAAUAUAUAACAGAAAAGCAUAGUCGAGUAGCAAUUCAAUGAAAAUAUUUUGGAAACUUGAUAUGA